UGACAUUUCUAACGCCGUUCAACUUCUUGCAAACUGUAGACAGUAGUAUUGCAUGCUGAUGUGUCGCUUUAAUUAGAUGAAAAGGAAAUUUUUAAACUGCGAAUAAAACACAUUUUGACAAAGAGAGUAGUGGGAACUUGUGGCAAACACGACACAAAGCUGUUGUUCUAGAGGCUCUUUUUGAAUAUUUAUCUCACGCCGUGAAUUAUAUUUUAGAUAUGUUUGAGAGUACGCGACUGGGGAUUAAAGCGGAUUAUAUUUGUCGUGCAGGCCGACAGACUGUUUGUCACGGUAGUGAAGUCGACAGCGUAAUGUACGUUGGGUGAGUCAAACGUGAAAGUCCAGGAACAAAAACGAGCGAAGUCCAUAUGAUCGUCGCGAUGUACCGGUUUUGGCAUAAAUACAGAGAUUAACAGACGACAAAAGCAGCAACAAUAGUGCCAAAUCAUUAUUUACUCUUUAUUAAAGUAUGAUAAGCAGAACGACAAUUAACUUUAAUUACACAUACAGAACCUGGAAGAGGACGCUGCUUAUGUUAUGAAAUGGUUUCAAUUAUAAAGAAUCAGCUUUUGAAGCAUUUGUCGAGAUUCACCAAAAAUUUGUCAGCUGAUAAGAUCAAUUUGAGCACAUUUAAAGGUGAAGGCGAACUGUCAAACCUCCAACUGGAUGAGGCUGUGCUCACUGAUUUGCUGGAGCUGCCAUCAUGGCUUCAGCUUACAAGUGCAACCUGCAACAAAGUUGCCUUCCGGAUUCAGUGGACGAAAUUAAAAAGUGUUCCUAUUUGUCUUACUCUGGAUGAAGUACGUGUUGAAGUUGAAACCUGUGAAGAACUAAGAUCAGUUUCUGUUCAUCAAGGGCUGUCGUCAAUAGCUGGGCCAGCAAAAUAUAGUUUCAUAAAUAAGGUUAUUGAUGGUAUGACUGUCAUUGUUAACACUGUGCGAAUUACAUUCAGGAGUCCAGCUUUCAAGGCGACUGUUCAAAUACUACGCAUUGUUGUCGAGUCAAAGUCACCAAACUGGCAGAAGUGUGAUUUACGGAUGACUAGGUUAAAGGAACCUGACCGAGAGCAAAUCCUCAUUUUCAAGGAACUUGAGUGGCAGACAGUGAGAAUUGAGGCAAAUUCCACAAUGGAUAGCACUAUGACUCCACUAAGGCUGCUGACAAACCAUGCAUCAUGCCGUAUAAUAAUAAAGAAACGAUUAUCAGAUAGUCUUGUAUUGGGUUCGUGCCUUGCACUUAUAUUGGAUGAUUUAUUAUGGGUUUUGACUGAUUCACAGCUGAAAGCUGCCCUAUGUUUUGUGGGUUCCCUUGUGGGUUUGAUCCAAAAAGCCACUGAACUGACACGCAUACGCAAAGCAGCACGGAAAAUUGAGAUGCUACCUGAGUAUCAAGCACAAAUAUCACAACAGGAACAUAUCAAAGAUUCUGGAAGCACUUUGUCCCGUCUCUUUAACCGCUACGACUUCAUUGAAACUUCCUAUCAUUUUCUGCUUAAGCACAUUGACUUACAUCUUUGUGAUGAUCCAGGUGAUGGACGAUCUGUGCAUCCAGAUCUUCAGGAUGGUGGUGCGUUACAGAUCAACCUCCAACAGCUGCAGUUGGAUUACUAUCCAUACCAUCUGGCUGUGGGAAAUCGAAAGCACUGGCCAGUCUAUUGGGAAGAAAUGUACCCUCAUACACAAUGGCUCUCACAGGCUCUGAGUACUUUUCGUGCACGGCUGUUGGACAUUGUAGACCAGGGAGCUGGUGUUGGCCAUCACGCACCUGUUGGCCGUGCUCAGCAACAGAACCCACACCAACAGCAGCAGCAGAAGAACUUAGGAGCUCAGCAUGGAGAUUCAAAUGUGAAACGCAGCCAUAAUGCACAGCCUUCAUCUGGAUCUGCCACCAGCGGAAAUCCGAUGAAGACAUACAUAUUGCGGGAGCUCUCAAAGCUCAUGACUUCGUGUUUUGUACUCAGGGUCAAAGACUUCACAUUGUACCAAGUGACAACCACAAAACGCAAACAGAAACCAAAAGUAUUUAUUGCAGGUGAGAGCAGUCGCUUGAAAGGAGAAUCCACACUGGUACAUGCUGAAUUCACAUAUUAUUACUAUCCUGGGGAUAAAGCGUUCCCUUUACCUCCACCAAAAUUCUAUGCACAGCUAAACCCAGUGCAGAUAAAUUUUGAUUUACAUAGUUGUGUAUGGGCGAAUGCAUUUGCGCUGAAUUUGUAUCAGUCAUUAUUGACUGCAGCUGCUGCUCAAGACAACGUGCCGGACCUUUUUUAUGUUGAUGUGAAACUAGAAGCUAUAAAAAUAAAGGUUCUUGUGGACACUGGAGGUGUCGAGUACCGUAAUCAGCGAGACCGGCCACGUCUUCUGCAGAUUCAGGUGGAACGUGCAUCAGUUACAAAUAUACGCAGUAUGGAACAUAGCUCACGAGCAGAUCUGGCUAAAUGUGUGGAUGUUCUUCAGUCUGCACCAUUGUUCUACGGUGCCAGUUUUCCUGCUAUCCCUUCUGACAAACAUGUUGUAACAGAAAAGUUCUUGAAGCAUUUGGCAGGAAUCGACUCUGUGCGACCAGUUCCUCAUGUAACGGGGGAUGUAUCUCAGUUGGAGCAUUCUUUGUCUCGUACACUGUUAUGGACAGAUGCACGUGACGUUUGGUGUGUGUCUUUGGAACCUGUGAGUGCAAGCUUUUCGGGUGCCCCUGCAGACAUUGCUGCAGGAGUUGAUCCUGUACCAUUGACUGAUGCAUUCCCAUUAACACUGUGGGCCCAUUGGGAUGCAACUGACGCUGUGCUCAAUACACUUGCUCAUGUACCAGCACUGGUUAGUUUUCAACUUAAUCAUUAUCAAUAUUUGUUCCUUCUGAGAGCGAUGGAUAGAAUUAGUGAGACAGCAGCUGUAAUGAGUGUUGACUCACGUCGCAUUCAAGGAAAUGAUGGUCUCCCACCAACAGUUAUUUUAGCAGGCGUGUUGCUGCCACAGGUUGAAAUAACAUUUGUUAUGGCAUCACAGACACCAGGACGAGAAUACCACGGCAGUGCCGAUCUGGAAUCUGUUGUCCCUGACUCUGCAAGUCUGGCAGAUGAAGGAGUGAGAAUACAUGCCAAUAGCCUAUCUUCAUCUCCUUCAUUUGAAGGUCCAUUUGACUCUCGACUUCGCCAUAGUGUUCCUCCUAAUGUGGCAUCUUACAUGGACACAGUGACUUCAUCUCUCCCAGUAAACUCUGUGCAACCCCUUACUGGUCUUUCAAUACCUGAUAACUUCAAUGCUAGCAUAAGCACUGUUAAAAAGGGUUGGAAAGGCCUGAGCAAUAUGGUUACAUCAUUAGAUUCAGUACUGAAAGCCAGUCCGGAUGAUUUGGCCAGUGAGACUGCUUCUCAACGUAGUGAUGCCUCUUCAGACAGUGAAAGGUAUCUUCUCGAAGGACAGCAGACAGAAGGAUUAGACACUAUGUUUCGUGCUGGAAGUAUUUGUGAACUGUGGCAGCCGGGCCUGGAACUUGCAAGUGAGGUGACAGAAGAUAUAGAAAGAAUUGCUCCUGAUGGCAGUGUCAGCUCACCUAGUGAUGGCCGUUCUCCUGAUGACAGUACUGGCAAGCGAAGGGAUCUGGUAUCCUUGGCUACAAUCAAGUGUGGCCAGGUAGCAGUGAUCCAGCAAUCGGAGGGAUUCCACUCAGUAUUAAAGUUGCAGAUAGCCAGGAUUGUGACAGAUGAAUGUGGAGCUAUUCCGCUUGAUGAGUUUCAGCCUGCCAAAAUCAAGAGUAAGUUCGGAUGUCGUUCAAGAGCUUGGGCAGAAGUACCAGCGAGUGAUGAGACAAUGCCGAAGGUAGCAGUGCGAUUCGAGCACACUGUUGAGCCAAGGAGAGACCUCCAUCCGCGCUCCUGGGGAAAGAACAAGCUACAAGGUGAAGUGCAUGACCUGGAAAUGGAACUGAACAUGAGUUCACUGAUUGGGCUUGCUGAUUUUAUUGAAGAUGAAAUUAUACCAGAAGCUGUUCCCAUGGAGUUUGGUGUGCAGAAUGUAAAAUUGCAAUUGAAUGAUGAUCGCCCGCCUUCUAGCAUAACUUCUCCCAGCCCUGUUCCAGUGAACUUAAAGAUAGUUGAUAUAUUGUUAAAAAAUGACAGCAACAGAGUUUUGACUGUGGAAUCAAGAAGUGAUAUUUCAGGAAUGAGCAAGAGUGUCAAUACUAACAUUGAAAAUGCUGUGUAUGAAAGUCAGAUCUGCAAGUUGAAACAAAGUAAUGAAGAACUCAAGGCUGAGAAUGUUGAGCUGAAACGUCGGAUGGCUGCAUUGGAAAAAAUUGCAGAAGAAAAUUGCUCAUUAAGACAAGCAGUGGAAGACUGUCAAAUUCUUCGAACUUGCUUGAUGACUGCUCAGGAUGAUGUAGCACGUUUGCUUGAAGAGAAACGCACACUCAUUGACAGGUUACGUGGAAUGCAGGAACAGCUUGAUCAGCCACCAAGAACCAAGAGAUAGCACAAGUGCUUUGAAUGCUGUGAAUAAAUGUGCCACUCGCAGCUUUUCAGUGAAGGCAGUAUCACUCGUAAUUUGUUAACAGUUUAGUUUCUUCUCCUUAAAAGAUUCAGCAGAUUAUAUUUUCCUGGAAAUUGACUGUUCCAUUGAUAAAAAAAAGUUAUUAAGUGCUAGUCAGUAUGUAUGCAGAGAAAUAGGUUGUGUUGUUUAUACAUGUGUGCAAGAUGGAGACAUGUUCAUGGAGAGUUAUACAGAUAUAUUUUUUUAACCAUCCGCAGGUGUUAUGUUCCACAGUUCCUUGUUACAUAUCUUUCCUUUUUCUUAAAUAACGUAUAGUACACACAUAUUGCAAUUUGUGAAACUAAUUUUACUUAAGUCCACUGUGCUUGAAUACAAUGAUAAAGUUGAUAUUUUGUGUACUUUUUUUUAAAAGAAGAUAUGCAUUUAUUUUUAUUUUUGGUCAGUAAUAACUUAUCACAAUUUUAACAUAUUUCUGUUACAAUGGUGCCUUUAUGCUUGCCUUUACUUUCCUCCUUAUUGUCAUUACUGGUUUUUUGCCAUUAGUAGUGAUAUAGUAAGGAAUUGUGUUCAUUAGUAGGAUUUAAGAAACAAUUAUGUAUUAAAAUAUUAACAAGAUGUGAAGUUUCCCAAAUGUGAUAUUAGUAGAAGCUGUGUGCUUCGUAAAGUUAUAAUUUGUUGAUUACAUUCAGUGUACAUAUCUAUUUUUGUCAAUUUCAUCAUUGAAAUUCAUUCAUUAUUGUUGUUCCAACGUGUGCAGACAUGAUAAUAUUUUAGUAUGUAGGUUGUGGUAUUAAGGUGCUCAUUCUAAUGUGCUCUGCAUUAUCAUGUCCCAAACAGCACAUGACUUUGUGCCAACAGUGCAAUAUCCCAUAAGUUGAACUGUUGAAGUUUCAUUCAGUUAGAAUGUAAACUGAAUGAAUUAGCUUUAUCAUAGUCCUCAUAUUUAUAAUCAUUGUGCUGUUUUUAGUAUCACUGUUAUGAAACAUUGCUAGACACACCUCCAUGACCUUAAAAAUCAUAAAUGA